AUGACCCCACUCCAUGAACCCCCGGAUAAACGGACAGAGAUAAAGGUGACACAUGGCUGCGCUCUGCUCACCGUUGCUUUGUUGGGGGAACAAACAGUUUUCAAAGGGGUGUUGAGGCUUCCCCCUUCACCAGCUAGCCCCACAAAUUUGAAUUGGCACAAGUCCCGGACCUCAAGCUCUCCUUUGACCACGAUUCUGAACACUGCUACUAUUUCCCCCUCCUCACCGCCCGAUCUUUUUCCGCCUGUCACAGUUACAUCCAAAUCCCAAGUUAAAGCAUUUUCAUCUUUGACUGACUUCACUGGCAACCCCCAUUCCUGCUCAGUCUCACCUCUCCCUCAACGCUUGUACUGGAUCUGUUUCCGUCUCCCCGACAAAAUGCCCAGUGACAUGGAUUGGCAAGAUUGUGCAGAAGACUUACUCGCGUCGUGGAUCAUGAUGCAGGCGCGGCGGCGGCCGGCGCAGCGACCCCCUGCGCCCACCCGAGCGACACCACAGCUCUUGGUAACCGGUUCGGCGAAGGCCACUGCCGCCCUGCCACCCGGCGGGCCAAAUCGCAAGCUGACGGUCCGAUCACAACCUGAGCAUCGAGUGUCUUUUGAUUUCACAAGGUCCUUCCACGUGGGAACGAGCUGCCACGACAUCCAGUCCACGCAGGGAGCCACCAAGUCAGGGAUCUACCUCAUCCACCCGCCCAACCUGGUGCAGGGGCCGUGGAAGGUCUUCUGCGACCUGGAGAGCGAGGGAGGAGGCUGGACAGUCUUCCAGGUUCGGGACGAUGUUGAGCCGCACGAGAAUUUCAUGCGCGGUUGGGAGGACUACAAGGUCGGCUUCGGAGACUUCGACAGGGAGUUCUGGCUUGGGAACAUCCUCCUCUGGUCACUCACAAACGUCGACAACGAAACCAACUACGAGCUCCACAUCGAGCUGGAGGACUGGUCGGGCAACAAGAGGUUCGCGAGGUAUCGGGGCUUCCGCGUGGGCUCCGAGCGCGAUGCCUACCGCCUGUACCACGCCAACGUCUACUUCGGCAACGCAGGUGACUCCCUCUACUCGCACAACGGACUCCCUUUCUCCACCUUCGAUGUUGAUAAUGAUAACCGCGAUGGGGAUUUUGUGGAACGAAGCUGUUCACGGUUAUAUAAGGGCGCUUGGUGGUACGGGAACUGUCACGAUGCAAACCUGAACGGCUGGUACCUGGGAGGCCCUCACCGAUCCUUCGCCGACGGUGUCAAUUGGUACACCUGGACGGGGUACAACUACUCUCUCAAACGCACAGUUAUGAAGUUUAGACCGCAGAGUUCGGGUCCCAUUCCCGUGGGCUUCGACACCUUCAUCAUUGCAAACCGGCGCCGCAGAAUGGACGAUCCGUUUAGUGAAGAAAAGGCAACGCCUGCGGGAGAAACCGGGCGCCUAGAUGUCCCAGAGAUGAUGUCUUCUCGCAACACCCUCACCAGACUGGACGCAGGAGAGCUGUGACGCGAAUGAACCAGAAGAAAAAAAAUGUAGGCCUAUGGAACACCGUGAAUACGACCUGAGAACGUUAUUCAGUGUGGGUUUGAUGUAUGAUAUCGAGAGAGAAAUAGGAUUUUAGGUAAAUGAUUUCCAAGUCGUGAAAAUAUUAUUUAUUACAUAUAUUUAUUACUACAUGUCACACAAUUGGAAAUGCAUUUAACCCAAACAUUGCCAUAGAUUCUAAAAAUAUAUGUAAUGUACCAAUCAUUCUGUUUAGUAUUUAUUAAGCAAUUUGAAAUGUAGUUCUCGACUCUAAAUACCAAGGACUUUUCUUCUUUGGUUAAUUAAUGUCUAUUUUUAUAUGUACCUUAUUUAUUAAACAUUUAAUCAAACAAUUCUUCCAUUUUAAUCCUUACAUAAAAGUUAUCAAAUGAAUAUUAAAUGAAAAUCAGUAACAAGAACAGCUAAUGUAUUGUUAUCUGGUACAUUAGUUCCUCACAUGGUUAUACAAUUACCAGAAUAAUUUCGAAAACAUGAACAAUUAUAAUCAUAAUAAGAAAUUAUAUGAUACAUUAAUAUAUAGAAUACGAGAGGUAGUAAAUUGUUGAGAGAUUGUCUUCCUUUGUGAGUAAAUACAUAACUUUUGCCUUCAGUAUACAUCAUUGAUAGGAAAAACAGUGAUGGCUAUGAUGAUGAUGAUAAUGGUGAUGAUAAUGAUAACAAUAAUAAUCAUGAUCAUAAU